AUGGAUGAUAAUCCAAACAUUUCACCAGUUAAAUAUGCCAUAUACGGUAUUAGAAAUAUGAAAAUUGGAUUUAAUAUUCGAACCUUAUCCGAAGUGGAAGAUGCUGGUGCAACAGCUCUUCAUCUUGCUGCAGCUAAAGGUUUUACAAACGUAGCUCGUUUAUUAAUAAUGGUUGGUGCUAAUUGUGAACAUAUCGAUCAACAAGGAAGGACUCCAAUAUUUUACGCAUGUUUGGGAGGACAAGCGCAUACAUUAAGCGUUAUGGUGACAGAAUUGAAUUGCAAAAUAACGCAUACGGAUAAACUUGGACGAACUGCGUUGCAUUGUGCUGCAUUUGGUGGUUAUAUUGCAUGCAUCGAAGUGCUUAUCAUGAAAGCUGAUUUUCUCAUUCAUAAGGAAGAUUUAGAUCAAUUUACACCAAUUCAUAUAGCUUGUGAAAGAGGUAAAUAUGAUUGUGUAAAAUAUUUACUGAAAUGUGGAGCAGCUGUAAAUGCACUUGCACGCAUUGAUGAUUGUACACCGUUAAGUUGUGCACAAGCUAAUGGACAUCAACAGAUUGUCAACUAUUUGUUGCGUAAUGGUGGAUUAUUUCCAUAUCAAUUACGAAAUUUGGCCGCAUUAAUCAUUCAGAAAUGGUGGCGACAACAUUUACGAUCACGACAAUUGAAUAAUCAAAAACCAAAAAAAAGAAAAAUAAACAAAAAAGAGUCCAUUAAAAUGAUCCAAUCAAAUAUAACAAGAUUAUGGAGUGAAAUCAAAAAUUGA